AAAAUGACACCAUACUCGUUUGGAAUGAGUCCCAGUUUAUUGUGUAGUUUCCAGUCUUUUCUAUUUUUCUCUCAGGCACAUGUUCACACUGUAGUUUGCUAGACAUCGCGAGGUAAUUAUACAAUCAUUUAUGUUGUUUUUUUUAUCAUAAUUCAUCAUAGAAUCAUAGUUCAUUGAAUAUACCCGGUUACAGCAGCGAUAGCCUGUUAUGUCAUAACCAGCCCGCACUUUGAAGUUGUUUAUCCUGCACUGACUUUCUGCCAGACGCGAAAAAAAUGAGUCGCUUUCUGAACGUCCUGCGGAGCUGGUUGGUGAUGGUGUCCGUUAUCGCGGUGGGAAACACCGUGCAGAGUUUCAGAGAUCACAGCUUUUUGUCAGAGAAGCUCUACACAGGCACACCAGAGUUUGUAAAUGGUCUCCAAGCUCGGACAUUUGGUAUUUGGACGUUGCUGUCAUCCAUCAUUCGCUGCGCCUGUGCUAUUGACAUCCAGAACAGAACGCUGUAUCACAUCACCUUGUGGACAUUUGUGCUGGCGCUUGGCCACUUCCUGUCUGAAGCUUUCAUCUACAAAACUGCACCUCUGACUAUCGGGGUCAUGGCACCUCUCAUUGUGGCAAGUUUUUCCAUCAUAGGGAUGCUGAUUGGGUUCCAGUGUUUUCCAGAGUCACAAGAGGAAGUCGGAGCACGACAGAAGAAGCGCAACUGAAUCCCACUGAACCCACCAGACAGAGACACUAGUGGACUGGUCUUAGUGUGCUGCUUCUUGCCUUGAAGAACAUGAGAUAUGGAUUUUAAUUCAAUUCCUACUGUAACACUUCAUAUAGACUGCAUACAUUUCUAAACUGAUAAGUGAAAGUUGUGAGGUGAAAUGUGUCCAUGCUGAAUGACACUCUUCCAUAUACGUCUGUACUCAUGAACAAAAUUAUUUUUGUUUACUUGCUUAUUUUUGAAACAUUUACAAUUGGUUGAUGUCAGAAAUAAUCCAGUGCAGAUCUCUUUCAGAAUGUUGACUGUUUUAUUUCACCACUUCCUGUAUUUUUUUUUUUUUGAUUCGUGAUGAUUUACCAAAGAACUCAGAUGACAAUACAGUAUAAAACUAUGCUCUUCAUUACAAAGUAUCACAAACAAGUAUAUCAGAAGUUAUUCUCGAUGUUUGUUUUGUGCUGUGAAAAGUUUGUACACCCUUUGAAUUUAUGCACAAUUACUGUCCUAUAAAUCUUUUUAAAAAUUAAAAGAUUUGUUUUUUCCAUUAAAGUAAUAAAAAUUUGUGUUUUUGUAAACUACAAAUGAAAAACAAGUUGCGAUAUCCUGUUUCCCAGGAUGUUAAUUGUGUUCUUUUUUUUCUUUUUUUUUUUCCCUAGCAGUAUUUUCGAUAAACAUAUUUAUCACUGCUGCUCAGGUGUCACAUUUGUGUUUAAGCAAGAACUUUUCAGCAUCAUUUUCUGCUGAUUCUGGCUUUUCAGCUUUGGACUUUCAGGUUUAGGAUGGAUUCAAAUGCAAAAAGCAUGAGCACAAAGAGCCAUUUUUAAAAAGAAAAAUAUAUUCUCAUGCUCUUAUUAUAUCCACAGAUGUAUAGAGUGACAUCUUUUUUCUUUCUUUUCUGCUUAGAGAGGAACAAAACAGCCUCUUUUCAGUCCUCUGAUAUGUUUUUAAUGUAUUGAUUUGUUCUUUUCUCACCCAUAGUCAGCUGGGACAGGCUGCAGCCCACCCGCAAACCUGACGGAUAAGGGGUAUAGAGACUGGAUGGAUGGAACUGUAGUAUUCCAGAAAACACUAAACAGUGUAUCCAGUCUGUAGUAUGAUUUACAGUCUGUUGAACUACAUUAAGAAUAAAUUUAUAAAAGCCCAAAUGGGUGUUUAAAAUGUCUUCACAGCACUGUGAAAAGCCCUAAAAACAAAAUAAAUCACAGAAUCACUGUAAAGUAGUAAAAUCACCAUCUAACAACUAAGCACUCAACAUCAAGUAAAAUAUGUUAAUGACAGACUGUACAAAUACUGCUUACACAGCAUGAAGUACAUUUCUCAGUAACAAAUUAAUUUUCUACAUGAAACAUUUUCUUGUGCAAAAUGACAACUGCAGUACAUUGAUUUGCCUCAUCCUUCCAUCAUGUUUCAUGUUGCGCUCGCAUGCUGAUGCAAAUAUUCAUCCUUAAAUAUCUCAUGUUACAGUAAAACAAUGAUAAAACUGACCUUCCAAAGUGCACUCGGAUGCACAGCAUCAAUCAUAUUUGUAAUGAGCAGCAUUCAGACUGCCAUGACAGGAAAACACACCACAGUCUGAAAUAAACACUCUCAAAACAGUUAAAAUGAAUACCUUCAGCAAUGUAAAGACUAACUUUUGUCACACACACACACACAUACACACAUACACAAUGUUGGUCCAAUAUUAGGAAAUAAUCACAGUUAAAAUAUUGCUUCUUAGAUGCAUAGAACACUAACAUUAAACAGGGGGAGGAAGGAAACAGUUCAGUUAAAAGUUGAUUUUAGUAAAGGAGUGUAGUCAUGUUGGAGUCACUAAAGUGGCAGUUUCAUUGCACUGACAGGACAUGUAAAAUGCCUAAAAUGGAUAAAAUUAAGGACCACGACUGAGGUUCAAAGCUUCCCCUUGUGCAUGACUGACUUU